CCCUCCCUCCGCGCUCCCCUCACGCCGCUCCCCGGCUGCGCUGGUAGCGGCGGCUCGGCCAUGGCGGCCCCGGCGGAGCUGAGCGUGGAGCGGCUGCGGGCGCUGCCCGGCAGUUGGAGUUACGGGAUCAGCCAGGGCGGCCGCGUCUUCUUCAUCAACGAGGAGGCGAAGAGCACGACCUGGCUGCACCCGCUCACCGGAGAGGCCGUGAUCACCGGGCACCGCCGCAGCGCAGACUUACCCACAGGUUGGGAGGAAGCUUACACUUUUGAAGGUGCAAGAUAUUAUGUGAAUCAUAAUGAACGAAAAGUAACUUGCAAACACCCAGUAACGGGACAGCCAUCGCAGGACAACUGUAUUUUCGUUGUGAAUGAACAGACUGCUGCAGCAAUGACAUCUGAAGAAAAGAAGGAGCGGCCAAUAAGCAUGAUAUGCGAAGCAACGAACUAUAAUGUGACAUCAGAUUAUGCUGCUCAUCCAAUGAGCCCUUUGGGCAGAACGUCACGAUCUUCAAAGAAGGUUCAUAAUUUCGGAAAGCGAUCAAACUCCAUAAAGAGAAAUCCUAAUGCACCAGUUGUCAGACGUGGCUGGCUCUACAAACAGGAUAGUACUGGAAUGAAGUUGUGGAAGAAACGGUGGUUUGUGCUCUCAGAUCUGUGUCUCUUCUAUUACAGAGAUGAGAAAGAAGAAGGAAUACUAGGUAGCAUACUUCUGCCUAGUUUUCAGAUAUCCGUGCUUUCUGCUGAGGACCAUAUUAACCGCAAAUAUGCCUUUAAGGCAGCUCAUCCAAACAUGAGGACCUAUUAUUUCUGCACAGAUACAGGGAAGGAAAUGGAGUUGUGGAUGAAAGCCAUGACAGAUGCUGCACUUGUGCAGACAGAGCCUGUGAAAAGAAUAGAGAAGUUAACCACUGAAAAUGCAUCACCUCGAGAGGCAAAUAAUAUUUCAAACCAUCGGGUGCUGAUUAAGCCAGAGACACACAAUAACCAGAAAAAUAAAGAAGUGAACAAAAAUGAAGAGAAGAAAGCGUUGGAAGCUGAAAAAUAUGGAUUCCAGAAAGUUGGGCAAGAUAAGCCAUUAACAAAAAUCAACAGUGUAAAGCUAAAUCCUCUGACAUCUGAAUACAGGACUUUACCCAUAAGCACAAUUCAGGCUGGACACUUCAGAGCAGUUCAUUUGAAUGGGUCUGAGAAUAAAGCUGUUGGGCUUGUCCUGGCAGAUGCUGGAGAUGGAGGUCACCACAAUGUGGUUCAGUCACAUAUGGAGUCUGAACGAGUUAUGCAGAGAACUAAUUCAAUGCUGCAGUUGGAACAGUGGAUUAAAAUACAAAGAGGGAAAGGACAAGAGGAGGAAACAAGAGGCAUAAUCUCGUAUCAGACUUUACCAAGAAACAUGCCAAGCCAUCGACCUCAAGCUUUACCCCGGUAUCCAGAAGGCUACAGAACACUACCAAGGAACAGCAAAGUACGGCCGGAGAGCCUCUGCAGCAUAACACCAUCGGCUUACGACAGAGCCAUAGGACCAGUAACAGCCGAAGAAAAACGGAGGUCGAUGCGUGAUGACACAAUGUGGCAGCUCUAUGAAUGGCAACAACGUCAGUUUUACAAUAAGCAAACAACUCUUACCAGACACAGUACUUUAAGUAGCCCAAAAACUAUGAUCAAUAUUUCUGAUCAGACGAUGCAUUCAAUUCCCACCUCACCUUCUCAUGGUUCAAUCGCUGGUUUCCAAGGAUAUUCCCCACAACGGACCUACAGAUCAGAAGUGUCUUCACCUGUGCAAAGGGGAGAUAUAACUAUUGAUCGCAGACACAGGGCACAUCAUACUAAACAUGUCUUUGUGCCUGACAGAAGGUCAAUGCCAGCAGGUCUGAGUUUACAGCCUGUUACUCCUCAGAGCCUCCAAGGCAAAACACCAGAGGAGCUCACGCUGCUGCUAAUAAAGCUGAGACGGCAGCAAGCUGAACUGAGUAGUAUCCGGGAACACACACUAGCACAGCUCAUGCAACUAAAACUUGAGGCCAGCAGCCCAAAGAAUGAGAUUCUAUCACAUCACCUUCAAAGGAAUGCCUUGUAUUUGGAUCAUCAGUUAACACAAGAAGAAUGUAGGGGUACACUAUACAAAUAUAGAACUGAAGAGCUGGAUAUUGAUGCUAAGCUUAGCCAUUUAUGUGAACAAGAUAAAGUUGUACAAGCACUGGAGGAGAAGCUUCAACAGCUACACAAGGAGAAAUACACGCUUGAGCAAGCUUUGCUAUCAGCAAGUCAGGAGAUAGAAAUGAAUGCAGAUAAUCCCGCAGCCAUUCAAAAUGUAGUCUUACAGAGAGAUGACUUGCAGAACGGACUACUUAGCACUUGUCGAGAAGUAUCGCGAGCUACUGCAGAACUGGAAAGAGCUUGGAGAGAGUAUGAUAAAUUGGAGUAUGAUGUAACUGUAACAAGGAACCAUAUGCAGGACCAACUCGAUCGGCUUGGAGAAAUUCAGACUGAGUCAGCAGGGAUACAGCGUGCUCAGAUUCAGAAGGAACUGUGGAGAAUUCAAGAUGUCAUGGAGGGUUUAAGUAAACAUAAACAGCAAAGAAGCUGUUCAGAGGCAGGCAUCAUGGGAUCAAGGGCUUUUGCAGCUAUUAAAUACAAAAAUGAGGAAGAGGAAGUAGUCCCACCUCGUCCUCCACUCCCUCGGUCCUAUGACUUUACAGAGCAUCCUCCCAUAAUCCCCCCUCUGCCCAGUGAUAGCAGCUCCUUGCUCUGUUAUAGCAGGGGCCCAGUACAUCUGCCAGAAGAAAAGAAGAUUCACCAAGUUCAAGGAUACCAGAGAAAUGGAUCUUACUGUGGUCCUGAUUAUAGGCUUUAUAAGAGUGAACCAGAGUUAACUACAGUAGCGGAAGUGGAUGAAUCUAAUGGUGAAGAAAAGACAGAACAAAUUUCAGAAUCAGAAUCUGCUGCUAAAGGCUCACAUUUCCCUGUGGGAGUUGUACCACCCAGAACCAAAUCACCAACGCCAGAGUCUUCAACAAUAGCCUCCUAUGUCACUUUGAGGAAGAAUAAGAAGAUGGAGCUAAGAACGGAAAGACCAAGAAGUGCAGUGGAACAGCUGUGUCUUGCAGAAAGCACACGGCCUCGAAUGACUGUGGAGGAACAGAUGGAAAGAAUAAAGAGACACCAACAAGCUUGUUUGAGAGAGAAGAGAAAAGGACUCAAUAUUAUUGGCGUUUCAGACCAGUCUCCCUCACAGAGUUUGUCGUUUGUCAGAGAUAACCCAUUCAGAUUGGCACAGAAUCGAAAAAAGGAUGAUACAGGAUCUAAUAACAUGAAGGAAUUAGAGAGCACCAAUAAAGAAAAUCAUUUGAAACAAAAUAAUGGAAGUCCUGGAGAAGAAACAGCACAUUUAAAACAUGAUGGAGAAAAACUGACAAAAACUGACGAUCUUUUAUCAGAUGCACAUGUUGUAUCUGACUCAAGAGAAGUGAGUAAUGAAGAGAAAUCAGAAAAGGAAAAGAAAAAUAAGUUGGAAGGAACACGUGAUGGUGAUAUAAGCUUUCAGAGUGUGACCACAGUUGCAAACCACAAACCCAAAACCAGCUCAGAAGAAAGUGAAGUAGUUAGUGUUCAAGAACAAGAAGGAAUUAUGUCUUCACUUGAAUUAGCAGCACAGUCUUCAAAAGGAAAUAAGGCAACAGCAGUGAAAAGUCUGCCUUCUUCACCAGAAUCGUCACUGUCACCAGCUCCAUCUACACAGACACAGCUCACAGAAGGAUCACAUUUCAUCACUAAUGGCUUCUGUUGAAACAAUUCAUGCCUGAGAUGUAUGGACCUGGCCUAUGAAAAUAUGAGAAGAUAUUGUACAGUAUAUUUUAAAUCUAUGAAAUUCAUAGUUCUGAUGCUUUUGGCCACAGAGCAUCAUUUUAUCACUUCCUGGAAAAUGUUUAUUCCAAGAGAGCUUUAAAUGGCCCACAUGUACACUCAACAACCUUCAGAUUGUUCUCCCGAUACCAGCUUGCUGCUAUGAUUUCUGUGCACAUAAAGUAAAGGCUCUUUUAAUGUGCAGCCUACAGUCAGAACUUUGAUAUUCUCCAGAAUUUAAUGUUCUUUUAAUUAUGGAUCAUAUAAGUUUACUUUUUUGCUUCUUUUAGAUGCAUAACUCGGUUAAUUUUACAUACCACCACUAAACCUUGUUUUACACUUUUUAAACAUUACAAUUUCUUGUUUUAACAUUUUAUUUGUAAAAUUUUUAUAUAUAUAUAUACAUAUAGAUAUAUUUAAAAUGUGCCAUUUUUAUUAUUGCUUAGUAAAAUAUGUCCUGUUUCUGCUGUAAUUAUUUCUUGGUCAGGUUGCAAUGUCAGCAGUUACUGCCACACCUCUGUCAACAUAUGCAUUAAUGUUAGUGGUUACUUUAAUAAAAUGGAGUGUAGGUAUUUUGAGGUACUGGGCUUUUCCUUCAUUGGGUUAGGGUGUGUACAGCAAUAAGCAGGUUUUCAAUCCAGUACUUAGUUUGUGUACAAAUGUAAUUAUGUUCAUUGUGUAUAUAUUAUACAAUGAGCAAAUACGAUGUAAGUAUAAGAAGCCACUUACUGUUCAAAUAUGACUGUUCAUAUCCCAUUUCUUUUAUAUCAUAUUAAAUAAAUGUUGAUGUUCUUAAGGACUUGUAUGGUUAGUAUUUCUUCCAGCAAACAGAUGUCACACUGUGUUCCACCUUUUGAUGUGGGGAAUGCAACCAUUCUUGUCUCAUUGGCGACACCACCUGACGACCAGAGUAGCAGUGAGAGACUCUUAAGAGAUUCCAGUCUUCCUCUGCAGGAAAGAAUAAGGCUGCAACACAGAACAAAAAGACAACCUGAGACUGAGACACAAGAAAUACAGGUUCAGCUCCUGACUCUGGCAGACUUGUACCAUGAAAAAUCACUUAGUCAUUCUGUACCUCCAUUCCCUGCCUGUUUACUUGAGUGGUAAUAGCUUGUCUUACUGGGGUGUGGCAAGUAGUAAUCCAGUGUUUGCCAAUAGUGAAUGCACAUUCAGUGGGGUUAAGGAGAGAGAAGUGUGAUGAUUCCUUGAGGCUUUGUCAUCUGCAAAGCAUCUCCCAGAAACUGAAAGAAAACCUGAAAUAAUUUGUCAAGUGUCAUCACAGUACAGAUGUUACUAGCUUUACUUUUCCAUCCCACACAGCUGUUUGAAUUUGCCCAAGACAAAAGAGGUUUAGAAGAGACUGAUGAAAAGAUUUAAGGAAAGCUUUUGAGUCUAGGAUGUAGAGCUAAGAAGUCUUUCAAAGGUUCAGGCAACUGCCAUUUCCUUCAAUGAGUGUGUGUGCCAUUAAGUGGCAAGGCAGGUUUCGUAAGAUGACUGCCAGCUCUUCUUUUAACCAUACAAAUCAUACCAUGUUCAAGUUAAUACUGCUGUACUAGAGACUGUGUAAUUAACUGAGCUUUUCCAUAGAGGAGUGCCUGUGAUUGACACACAGUUUGAAACCAACUCUCCAUCAUUGCUCCCCCAUAGGAGUUUGUGUUUCUCGUACUCUUCUGCCGCUCCAAGCUCUGCCUGUUCUUCCCAGCUCUUUUUGCCACAAAGGCACAGAUUGUGUUGUCUGUUUACCUGUCAUUUUGCCAUUUUCUUAGAGAAGUGGAGGAAUAGGAAGCAGAAUUUAGCAGCAGAGCUUGGAGACUCAUAGUGAAAGAGUUGGCUGAAGGAAAGCAGAUGAAUCAUCAUGCAGGCAGACAGCACCCAGCUGAACGUUUGACCAAAUCCCCUUUCUUCCUUUCUUGGAACAGCAGCCCUAAAGUGGUGCAUCCUUCCAUCCAAAACACAGAGCAAAGAGGAGGAAUGUGAUUUUAUUUCUUAUUGCUCAACCAGCUGAGGUUUAAGUUCAGUGGCAUCACUGGAGCACCUGGGGCAAAGCAAACAGAACACACCCUGUUCUCUCCCUAACCCUUCUAAGAAUGCUGCACAGCUGUCAAACUUAGCAAUCUCUUUCUGUCCUCGCUGCCAAGAAAAGAAUUGCAUCCAAUAAAGGAAAGAAUGACUAAGUGAUUUUGGGACAUUUAUAGAGCUUGUCUGUGUUUAAAGCAGUUGACAGUUGGGUGUAUCUGUGAAGUACAUGCAGUUUAUACUGAAGCUGGGGGAGGGUGGGAGGAUUAGCAAGAUUUUGCUGGUAUAACUUGGCAAAGACAGCAAAGGUAAAUGAUGCAGGAAUGUAGUCAUGCUCAUAGGCUGUAAUUGCAGUUCCUGUGGGCGCUUGUAGCAAAGACUUGCAGUUUCAUUGGGUGCUCUAUUCUUUUGUGUCUUACAGAAAAAAUGUAUGGCUUUGUGUUAGCACAGAGCAUCUCCUGCCUCUUACCUCAUCAGAAUAACUCAUCCCAGUGAUCAUACUCCUGAAAUAUAGAACUAUCAGAAUACUGAUAUUGUCAGCCUUCAAACAUCCAUCUUAAGUUUGUAUCUAGGAUAUUUUUAUAUUUCUGAUUGCUUUAUUGGCUAUUGCACUGACACUUGUAUAUAUGGAACGUGUUUUGGGGUAUUUUUUUCCGAAAGAAAGAGUCCUUAGGAAUAAUGCAACACAUUCUCUACAGAUGUUCAUGCUUUUCAGAACCAAUUACAUCUAUUUUUGUCUUUUGUUCACCACUUGCAUUGUUCCAAGACUACUAGAGAAUGUGAUUCCUUUAAGUCCCUUAAUAAAGUGACAUUACUCAAAAAGUUA